AUGGUCGCAACCCAGCCCGAAGGCCAGGCUGCUUCCGUGGACAGCUCAAAUCCGCUGCGAAGUCUCGGGCAUCUAGAUAUGACGGUUCAUACAAGAGAAGCGCAGCUGAUUUUUUUGCACUCGAACCUACUUCUUCUGUUUCAAUCUCCACAGCAACAACCCACUCUUUCAUGUUCAGCAUCACUAUUACUAACAUCAUCUAUUAUAUUCCUCAGCUUCGGUAGCAGCUAUAGCAGCCGCAGCAUCUACACAAACAAUUCUGGUUCGCAACCAGUGAUUUGCCUAGAGAAUACGACUUUCAGAUCUUCAAGUUUAAAAAUACCAUUUAUACGACUACAAUUUUCAUUCCAAUCAUUAAUGAUGAAGAUAAUUACACUUUUGAGUAUUUUGCUAAUUCUUCUACAAGCCUAUACCGGGACUUCUAGAAGGUAUUAUGCGAGACACAGAUUGGAAGCGCUUGCACGCUACCAAAGUUUACGAAGGAGGACUCAGAAUGAGCAGAAUACGUGUUCCAAGUGGCGCCAGACAUGUUCUCCUUGGUCGAAUAGCAAAAAUAAAUGUUGCGAUCCCAGUAGCCUAGUAUGUAAGUGCAACCUGUGGAUGCAAAAUUGCAGAUGUGUUAACAAGAUCUGGGGCGGCUAA